AAUACCUACACAACUCAACACGUGUUCUGUUACACCCCCUUUAUAAAGUGUUUUGAAGUUGUGUGUUUUCUUAAAAUCGAUAUAAUACCAGUUUAAGAUUGUGUGUGUGUUUUUUAAGAAUAUACUUUUGUGUUUCUGUGGUUGUUCUACGUCAGUACGUCCACCGUCCAGCCCAGCAGCAUGAGCCCCCGAGCCACGCCCACGUGGGUGGGGCCUCCUCACCACCAAACCCUCGUAUUCCUGGCCUCCGUCGGCGCCUCCUUCGUGUGGUUCGUCCCCUCGCAACUUUCUUCUCUCAAGGCAAUGUUCUUCAAGUGCCUCCCUAUUGUCCUUUUGAUUGACAUGCUGAGAGGAGGAGGAGGAGGAGGAGGAAGAGGAGGAAGAGGAUUAGGAGGAGCAGGAGGAGGAGGAGGAGGAGGAGGCGGAGGCGAGGAUGCAGUGGUGCUCCAGGCCCUCAUCCUCUCCCUGCUGGGGGAUGCUUUGCUGGUGUGGCCCAAGUACUUCCUCCCGGGGACGCUGGCCUUCGGCGUGGCCCACUGCCUCUACAUCUACGCGUGGGGCUUCCGUCAGGCGAGUGUAGUCACGGGCGCCAUCAUCUACCUCUUCGUCGCCGUCUGCCUGGCCUGCCUCCUGCCCAAGGCUCCCGCACACCUCCGCGCUGCUGUCACCGUCUACAGUUUCGUGUUGGUGACUAUGCUGUGGGCCGCGGUUAAUAGGUACAGACAGCGACGCAAUUUAACAUGGCAGCACCGAGCCUGUACCCUCGCUGGUGCCUUUAUCUUCGUGCUCUCAGAUGCUUGCCUGGCAUUCCUACAAGGCCUCAAGCUGGUGCCAUUCCCUUACGGUCGUCUUCUCACUAUUCUGACCUACUACACGGCACAGUUCCUUAUUGUUAUUGGCACUGAUUAUGGCACUGUCAGGUAGUGAGGGAAUGAAUGAUGUGUAAAAAGAAAAAAAUUAUGGAUGAAUUUAUUUUAGUUAGUAUUUCUGAUAAAGUGUUUAUUCUUAUUAGCAGGUGCUGGUGAUAUUGUAUGAUUGUUAUUGUUGUAUCACCAUUAUCCUUAUUUUCAUUUCUAUCUCUAGCACUGUUACUAUUAUCAUCACUAUUAUUUUCAUUAUUAUUAUCAUUGUUAUUAUUACUAUUAUCAUUAUUAUCACUGUUAUCAUUAUUAUUAUUACUAUUAUUUGUUAUGACUAUUAUUAUUAUUAUUAUUAUCAUUAUUAUUGUUACCAUUGUUAUCAUCAUUAUAAUUCUAAUUAUAAUUACUAUCAUCAUUAUUAUCAUUUUCACUAUUAUUAUAAUCAAUAUUAUUGCUAUCACUCUUAUCAUUGUCAUUAUUGUUAUUAUCAUAAUAACUAUUAUCCUCACUAUAUCAUUAUUAUUAUAAUUAUUAUAAUAAUAAUUAUUAUUUCUAUUAUUAUUAUUAUUAUUA